GAGCACCACGUUACCGGAAACAGAAACAAAACCUCUUUCCGUCUAACGCGUUGAUGACGGUUUCAGAGCGCGUCCGGUCUAGUGGACGCAGGUUGUUUUGUGGAAGGUGCGAGUCUGAAGAUUUAACGAGAUUAAACAAACAAAACCGGGUUCUUUCAGAAGAUCGGGGUCACACAGGAGGCGUCUGCCGGACUACAGCGAAGAUGGCGGUCAAGACAGGAGAGGACCGUUUGAAGGAGAUGGAGGCUGAGAUGGCUCUGUUUGAGCAGGAGGUGCUGGGCGCGCCAGUCUCAGGGCCCCCAGUCACAGACGAGGUGGAGGUGGAGGAGGAGGAGGAAGAGGAGGAGGAGGAGGAGGAGACAGAGACAGGGCCUGUAGCCGUCGCCAUGCCAACGGAACCCGUGAUCCGGGCCAUCAUAGGAACCAACACCUACAGACAGGUCCAGCAGAGCCUGGAAGCCAGAGCCGCUGCGUUCGUGGUGCCGCCCCCCGGCGCUUUCGUAGGGCCAGCUGUCCCUCCCCAGCUUCCUUCCGUUAUGAGGCCAGCGUUUGUGCCGCACAUCCUCCAGAGACCAGGCGGGCACAGAAUGCCGAUGAUGCGCGGCCCCCCUCCUCAGUCCAUGGUGGCCCCCCCCAUGCCCAGACCCCCUCCGCCUCCCCCCAUGAUGAUGAGACCCCCCAUGCCUGGACCGCCACAGCAUCACAUGGGGCAUAUGGGCAACAUGGGCAACAUGGGGAAUAUGGGCAACAUGGGGAAUAUGGGCAACAUGGGGAAUAUGGGGAAUAUGGGACCAAUGUCGCCGGGGGGUGGUAUGAGCCACAUGGUUCCUGUGUCCAGGCCGGUGAUGCAGGCUCCUCCUAAGAUGAGCCCCACUGUGAUCCAGGCGGCCCCCACCGUCUACUCCGCAGCGCCCGUCAGCAGGAAGCAGGAAGCCCGCAAUGCAGCCCGCCAGGCCCGCGUGGAGGAGCUGUUGGCGUCUGUGGCGCAGCAGCAGGCAGCGUUGGCGGCAGCAGCGGCGCUGAUGGAAGAGAAGGAGGCCUCCGCUGCGCUGGACGAGUCGGUGAUCGGACCCAGCAUGCCUGAGCAGGAGCCUGUGAACACUGAGGCACUAGAGGGCAGCAGUGCGGAGGACAGGAAGAAGAGCAAGCAGGAGAAGGCGAAGCGCUGCAUCCGCACGGCGGCCGGGACGUCCUGGGAGGACCAGAGCCUGCUGGAGUGGGACACGGAUGAUUUCCGGAUCUUCUGUGGUGACCUGGGUAACGAGGUGAACGAUGACAUCCUGACCCGGGCGUUCGGACGCUACCCCUCCUUCCUCAAAGCCAAGGUGGUCCGGGACAAACGCACAGGCAAGACCAAGGGCUACGGCUUUGUGAGCUUCAAGGACCCCAACGACUACGUGCGCGCCAUGCGGGAGAUGAACGGUAAAUACGUGGGCAGUCGUCCCAUCAAGCUGAGAAAGAGCAUGUGGAAGGACCGGAACAUUGAGGUCGUUCGCAAGAAACAGAAAGAUAAGAAGAAGCUGGGACUGAGAUAAGGGAGGGAGGGUCUGUGUGUGUAUGUGGGGUGGGGAGGGUCUG